AAACACAUAAUAACUCUGGUCAGGACGUUACAUUCAGUCCCUCGCCAUAUGAGUGACAGCUAGCAAGAGGCACAUCAUGCACACAGUAGUAGAGCGGGAGAGAGAUUAAUGACUUGGUGCACAAAACAACACAUUUUCCACGACCACUUUUGGCUCGGGAGUGCUACUUGCAGAACUACUGGCUAAAAAGUAUACAAUAGUACCAGAGAAUAUCUUUAAGUACCUUACUGUGAUUGGGAUCUAUAAUAAAUACAAAUACAAAUAGCCACUGUAGCCAAAAUAAUGACCUGUCCAGCAUUUUUAUACAUGCAUAAUGGGAUAUGAAUUGCUCAAUUAACUUAGGAACCACACCUGUGUGGAAGCAGCUGCUUUCAAUGUACUUUAUAUCCCUCAGUUACUCAAGUGUUUCCUUUAUUUUGGCAGUUACCUGCAUAAUAGCAUUUGUUCAACUACAAAUGUGUUUUAAGUGUACGUUUAGCCUAAUUUCUGGGGAGAGAGCUGCUCAGGCCCUGUGGUUCUGUGCACCAUGCAGCUUGUGAUGUUUCAACGUGUGUGUGUGUGCAUCUUAGUCUGUGUGUGAGUGUUGGUCUCUAUCAGCCGUGCUCAAGGAAGUGGUUUACCUAGUGUAUCUACAACGGAAACUCACACGACACGAACUCCCAUCACUCUUUUCCUUGUCUCCACUCCUCUAUAGGCGUUCAGUUUAACUCUACAGCCCACCUCACUGUCUCUCUCUCUGUCUCUCAAUGUUAGCCAGGUAUCUGUGUUCACUAUGCUCCCCACAGUAAUCUUGAAGGGGACUCUCAUCAAGAAAUCUCAGCAGAAGCGAAGGACAUCGCCCUGUAAUUACAAGGAAAGGUUAUUUGUCUUGGACACCCAGGACCUGACCUAUUCUGAACAGCGCCCUGGGAAAAAGCCCAGCCAGAAAGGCUGCAUUGAGCUCUCCAGGAUCAAGUGUGUAGAGAUAGUGUGCAGUGAAGUCCCAAUCCCCUGCAACAACAAGUACCCCUUCCAGGUUGUCCACGACAACUGCUACCUGUACAUCUUCGCCCCGGACAACGACUGUCGUCAGAGAUGGGUCCGAGCUCUGAAGGAAGAGAAGAUGGCUACNGAGACCAAGUGCAACGCAUUACUCCUGAAGUAUCACCCCAACUUCUGGAUGGAGGGGAGGUGGAGGUGCUGUUACCAGACAGAGAAGAUGGCUACAGGAUGUCAGGAGUACGACCCUGUGGGAUUCGGUACAGCUUCCAAGAAGCCUCUCCCUCCAACCCCGGACACACAGCGCCGGAUCUCCGACCCGGACCAGAGUGUGGUGGUAGCGCUACAGAACUACAGUCCCCAUGGAGACACAGAGCUGCCCCUUCACAAAGACCAGGAGUACAUCCUGACUGACAGCUCCCACCAUGAUUGGUGGACCGUACAGGACCACAGAGGAAACACAGGUUUUGUACCUUGCAUUUAUAUAGCGGAGAAAUCCUGCAACAACUUCAACAGAUUUGAAUGGUACAACAAAGACAUAACGAGAGGCAGAGCUGAGGAACUGCUGAUGACAGAGGGUAAGGAAGGAGCCUUUAUGGUGCGAGACUCCAGGCAUGCAGGCGUCUACACUGUGUCCGUCUUCACUAAAGCCCCAGGAUCCAACGGGCAGAAGAACCCGCGGGUGAAGCACUACCAGAUCAGACAGUCAGAGGCAGAGGAGACGUCCAAGUUUUACCUGGCAGAGAAAUACCUGUUCAUGACCAUUCCUGAGCUCAUCCAGUACCACCAACACAACGCUGCAGGUAAUGACCUUACCACCGGCUCACCUGCGCUACCUAAUACAUCUGUUUACAGCCAGGCCAUGGAGGUGGACCCGGCAGAGCUGACUCUAGGUGAGGAAGUGGGGGCGGUUCAGUUUGGCCUGGUACUCCAGGGGCGGUGGAGAGAGCGGCAGGGUAGCUGUGAAGAUGGUCGAGGAGCCAUGUCUGAGGAGGACUUUAAAGAGGAGCAGGUGUUAAUGAUGCUGUCCCACUGUAAGCUGGUGCAGCUGUAUGGUGUGUGUACUCAGCAUUCUCCCAUGUGUCUGGUGUUUGAGUUGAUGGAGCAGGGCUGCCUGUCAGACUACCUCCGAGCCAGGAGGGGGCGUAUGUCCCAGGACACCCUACUGGGGAUGUGUCUGGACGUCAGUGAAGGGAUGGCAUACCUGGAGAGCAACAACUUCAUCCACAGAGACCUGGCAGCCAGAAACUGUCUGGUCUCCUGCAACAACGUGGUGAAGGUGUCUGAUUUUGGAAUGACCAGGUUUGUUCUAGAUGACCAGUACACCAGCUCUCAGGGCUCUAAGUUCCCCAUCAAGUGGUCUUCUCCUGAGGUCAUCAAGUACUGCAAGUUCAGCAGCAAGUCUGACAUCUGGUCCUUUGGUGUGUGUAUGUGGGAGGUGUAUACUGAGGGGCGUCUGCCCUAUGAGAACCGGUCUAACGGUGAGGUGGUGGAGGCCCUGAAUGCAGGUCUGAGGCUGCUGAAACCCAGACAGGCCCCAGAGGCUGUGCACCUCCUCAUGGAGUGGUGCUGGAAGGAGAAACCAGAGGACCGACCAUCCUUUGCUCUCCUGCUGCACGAGCUGGCCUCUCUGUCAGACCUCUGAGCCUGAAUGGACAAGCUAUUCAACCAAACCUAGUCUGCUAACUAGCUAUCCGGGGUAAAUCAUGGAAGAAUCAUUUGCUCAAUAAAACUGAAGAUACUACACAAAAAUGACUUAGCUAGCUGUAUUUAUGUUAUUUAUUCAUUUCCUUCUAGUUUCUAUUUCUUACUUUUUUUUAUAGCAACCAUAUUUUUUAUAAAAUGAAGAAGUCUACUU